AAGCAAUUCGUGUUGGUUGUCACACGCUGUUUGCCAAGAUGGCUGAUAAAGUAGGAGGAGAUACAAUUUUUGGUAAAAUAAUUAGGAGAGAAAUUCCAGCAGAUAUCGUACACGAGGAUGAUUUAUGCUUAGCGUUUAAAGAUAUAAAUCCUCAGGCACCUGUUCACUUUCUUGUUAUACCAAAGAAACCAAUUUCUGCGAUAAGUAAAGCUGAAAAUAGUGACAAAGAACUUCUUGGUCAUCUCAUGUUGACCGCAGCAAAAGUAGCAAAAGAUUUGAAACUUGAUGAUGGAUAUCGUAUUGUUGUUAAUGAUGGUUCGAAUGGUGGCCAGGAAGUAUUCCAUAUUCAUUUACAUGUCUUAGGAGGACGUCAAUUGGUGUGGCCACCUGGUUAAAAUAAUAUGAGAAAAUCAAAACCUGUCAUUGAAGUUGUACAUAGCCAGAUAUUUAAAGCUAAAUGAAAACGGACAAGUAGACUACUAGGCAAUGUUUAUAUAUGAACGUAUUAAAGCCUAAGGGAGUAACCGGGAAAUCAAUGUAAAAAUAUAUAUAUAUGUGUGUAUCAGAGAAAGAAGGUAUUGGCAA